AAGACGAAGACCAAGGAGAUGGUGUUGCCGCAGGGCGGGAAUUCCAAAUUCCGGAACAGCCGGGCGCAUUUUAGGUCGCCGCGACUAGAGAGAGAGAGAGUGCGGUGAGAGAGAGAGGGGCAUAAGCAGUGGUAGUAGUAACAGUAAUCUUAGUAGCAGUAGCAGUAGGGGGUGGGGGAGAAGGGCGGGAAUCCACCCAUCGUCCACUUUCCACGUCUUCUUCUUCGACACACCGAGGGCGGUGUAAUGAUUCUCGAGCCGAGGUGGGACGAAGCGAGUCGAGGAGGAGAGGAGAGGUGAGCGCAGACGGAGGAGCUGGAAUCACUUUACUUGGGUCACAACACACACACACACACAAACACACACAGUUGUAGUAGUAGUAGUAGUAUUACUACUCCCUCCCUUUUCCCUCCUAUAUUCCCUUGUUACCACUAAAACAGCAAACCCAGAGAGGGAGAGAGAGAGAGAGAGAGGUUUCACCCUCCCUUCCCCCUUCCUCUGCCUCCAACCGUGAGCAUUUUGAACUUGCGGUGUGGUGGUGAGGAGGGCGGGCGCCAGCGUGUGUGAGGUUUUGGUUUCGCCCCGGAAGGCACUGGCUUGUCGCCGUGUCCAUCUUCAGGACGGAUUAGAGCUAGAUCACGACUUGCGGAAUCCGAGAUUGUUGCUAGAGGCGGGCAUUCUUUUUCGUGGGGGGUCCAUGCUGUUGUCGCCUCGGUGUGGUGGAUGUUGUCUGGUGUGACUUGAAACCGAGGGGCCGAGGGAUUUGUUUCGUGGGAGAAUAUUUAUGGCUGUUGUCGCGUCACCGAGGCGCUAUUGCUGCUUGUUAGCGGAAAGCGGUGCUUACUUUGGUGCUCUGGCUUGAAGGUAGAACAGGGAUCCUUGUGGGAAGGGGUUGGAGGUGUUUCUUUUCCUGGGGUUUCCCGAACGUUUGGAAGACAAGUGACUGGUUCGAGGGGAGCGGAAGUCGUAGUUUUUGUUUUUUUUGGGUAGGGGGAGGAAGAAUUUUGGAACGGGCUCGAGAUGGCUGAGCUACCAGAGGUGGAGGCGGCCAAAAGGCUGGUGAACUGCCACUGCCUUGGGGCGACGAUAGUGAAGGCCAUUGUGGACAACGACACUAAAGUUAUCGAUGGAGUGACGCCGGCUGUGCUCCAGGAAACUCUGACGGGUAAAAAGAUUGUAAGCGCCCUUCGAGAGGGCAAGCAUAUUUGGCUGCAACUCGAUUCUCGUCCGUGGCCCUCCUACCAGUUCGACACGAGCAGUGCGUUCAUUGUCAAGGGUGCCAAGGGCUCACAGUAUAGGAGCCCCAAAGUGAGCGACGAAGAAGAAGCGUUUCCGACAACUCACUCGAAAGUACUUUUGCAGCUGGACAACGGAGUGGAGGUGGCAUUUACUGACAAACUUCGCUUUGGCCGCGUACGCCUCCUUGAUAAUCCUUCGAUAGCGCCGCCCAUUUCCGAGCUAGGAUUCGAUGCCUAUCUUGAGCUUCCAAAUGCGGAGCAGUUUACUGAAGCAUUGAAAACCAAGAAAGGAUCUGUGAAAGCUCUUCUUCUUGAUCAGAGUUUUCUUUCAGGCAUAGGAAAUUGGGUGGGAGAUGAAGUGCUGUUUCAGGCAAAAAUACAUCCUGAACAGUCGGUUAAUUCAUUGACGGAGGAGCAAGUUGCCAAAUUACACACAGCCAUCAGGGAGGUUUUGGAUAAGGCGGUUUCCGUUGAUGGAGAUAAGGAGCAAUAUCCUCGAAGUUGGCUUUGUCAUCAUCUUGGGGACAAGAAGCUUGGAAUGAUUGAUGGAAAUCAGAUUGAGACGAUAAGCUUCAGCGGAAGGACGUCAGUAUUCGUUCCCAACAUACAGAAGUAUACUGGACCUGAGCUGAAAGGUGCUAAGACGAGUCAAGCUAUUGACGAGGAUGCGGUGACAGACCCUGAUUCCGACGGUGAGAAUGUAGAGGAAGUCACCGAAGGGUCAGCAGCUGAAAAAGGGGCGAGCGGGGUGAAAACGGGCGUCACCGAAACACCGAAGCGUGGCAGGGGAAGACCUCCGAAAAACAAAGGCGACAGCUCAGCUAAGAGUCAUGCGACCGCCAGUCCUGCUGCGGCUCCAGGAGCAAAGAAGCGGGGUAGACCUCCGAAGCUGAAAACUCCCUCUCGCGCUAGCGAUGGAGAGGAAGGUGGAAAGGAUAGUGAGCCUGCCAAACGAAGAGGCCGACCUCCGAAGGCAAAAACAGAUGCUUCUAAGGAAUCAGUCAGCAAGUCUUCGGAAGAGGCUCCUGCCUCGGGAGGCAAGGGUGGCAAGCCGGCUGCAGGUGAAGCUGAUCUAGCUAGUCCUCUAACCCCGAAACGCAGGGGUAGGCCACCGAAGGCUAAACCUGAAGCUGCAGAAGAGGUGGAAGUUGCGAAGAAGGCCAAAGUAGAGGAGGCUGGUGCUACACCAAAGCGUAGAGGUCGGCCUCCGAAGGUUAAAUCUGAAGCUGAGGGUGAAGAUGACUCGGUAGAGGCUCAAACACAGUUUGCCGAAGCCGCCGCUACGACGCCAACGCCGAAGAAGAGAGGCCGUCCACCAAAGGCGAAAUCGUCCAGCUGACAAAUUUGAUAUCUUUUUAGAUGCAGCCUUUUGACUAGCUAGGUUGUCAUUUUAAAGUGGCUCUUUGCUGGUGAAGUGUGCAUGUUUAUUUACUGGUGCAUUGACUCUUCCAGCUCAAUUUUGCUGUAUUUGUUGUUGCUCACACCCGUAGUGUAGUGGACAUUUGUUGUUGCACACAUCGAGUUGUAGACGUUCUAUAUUGUAAUCAGUGACAGUGUUGAGAGUUUUAUCUACUUGUGUUUUUUCGUGCCUUCA